AUGAACAAAUUGGCUCUUGUUGUACUUGUGCUGGUGGUCACACUGGUGACAUCUUCAGAAACAGAAGAUGCCCAUGACUUCUAUAAGUACCACUCCUUGAUUAAGAAGUACGGAAACUCUCUCGAUGAAUUCUCUGAGAUUGUCACCCAAAACUCGACCGAAGCCAAAGUGAGAAAGUACUGGGAAUACCGCAAGCAGAUCAUGGCAAAGGACCAGUCUUACAGAUUCACAAGGGAUGUUCCCACUUUGACUCCAGACGAAGAAAUUGUUAAUGCCUACCUUGAAACACUGAGGAACGAAGUGAUUCAUAUUGACGAUUCUCCAUUGCUGUUAGAGUUCUUUGAAGGACAGAAGAUCAUCAAAGAUACAGAGCUUCAUGAGUUCUUUAAGAAAAUGCCUAAGGGAGGGCAGAUGCAUAUUCAUCUUGAAGGUGCUGUUGCACUUGAUACCUUCAUUAGCUUCACCUACAGCGAUUACGUAUACUUUAAUGUUGAAAAGCAGGAGUUCAAAACAGUCCCUAAAGGCCUUGAUGAAAAAGGAUUUCUAAGGUGCAAUGAGCUUCGACAAAUAUGGGGAUCGAACACAACAUUCGAUAACUAUCUCAGAAAGAUCUUGGUCUUACAGCCUGAGGAUAUUAGCUCCAAGCAAGAUCAUUUGAUAUGGACUCCAUUUGAAGGAAAGUUUAUUCUAAACGAUCCUGUUAUUCACUACUAUGAAUUUUAUAAACUUGGCUUGUUAGAUUAUUGAAGACAAUCAAUCAGAGAUGGUAUCUACAUUGUUGAGAUCAGACAUGCUUCAGGAAGAAUUUUUGACGAAAAUAAUAAAAUCUUAUCUCUUAAAGAUGAAUUUGAGCUGUAUAGAUCUGCUUUAGAGGAGAUUAAACAGGAAUAUCCAGAUUUCCAACUCGCUAUAAUCGUUGCUUCCCUUAAAAGUAAAGGUGAAGAACAUGUCAGAGAGCAACUAAAGAGCUAUCUAUACGCAAUGGAUCAUGGAUAUGAGUUUGUCACAGGUUUUGACCUUGUGAAUGAAGAAGACUUUGUUCUGCCUAUUACUACUUUUAUUGAAGAUAUCAUUAAAGCUAAAGAAGGAUAUCCAGACUUUAAAUUUUACAUCCACUCUGGGGAAUCUAAUCUUAGAAGCAACGAAAAUCUCUAUGAUGCGAUUCUUCUAGGAACCAAAAGAAUCGGCCAUGGGUUCAACCUUGCUCUUCGGCCUCAUUUGAUUGAUCUUGUAGUUGAGAGGGAUAUUGGAUAUGAAAUAUGCCCUAUCAGUAACUACAUCAUGGCUUACACACUUGAUAUGAGAUGGCACCCAGCAAAGUGAUUCAUUGCAGAAGGAGUACCUGUAACUGUGAAUUCAGACUGCCCAACCUUCUGGAAUUAUGAAGGAGUCGCUUUAGAUUUCACCUAUGCUUUCCUUGCUUGGGAGCUCGAUUUGAAAGACAUAAAACAGUUUGCAAUUAAUGCAGUGACUCACAGCUCCAUAAAGGAUGAAUUGAAGCCAGCAAUGUUAGAAAAAUUCCACAGAGAUUGGAAUAAAUUCAUUGCUUCUGUGGUUGAAAGCCAUGGAGAUUUAUCAAAACUUUCCUAA